CAUAAGAGCAAUGUUCAAAAUGAGCCCGGAAUUGUACUCCGCACAGGCUGUGACAGGGAGAAGCAGAAACGCGCGUCUUGCAAACUGCUAGGUCAGCAAAUUAAGCGUCCAUUUCAGAACAUCUAUCAUGGCUAAGCAAUCCACCAACAACAGUCUACCUGUUUUUGACAAGCCAAAGGUAGAACUGCACGUACAUCUCGAUGGGGCUGUUAGACCAGAGACCAUCCUGCACUUUGCUAAGAAGCGAGAGAUGAAGCUCCCGGUGGACACUGUGGAAGACCUGCUGCAGUUAAUCGUGUGCGAGAAGCCUGCCAGCCUGACAGUGUUCCUUGGCAAGUUCGCCCACUACAUGCCUGUAAUCGCGGGUGACAGAGAAGCUAUUAAAAGAAUAGCCUAUGAACUUGUGGAAAUGAAAGCCAAAGAAGGAGUGAUAUAUGUUGAAGUCAGAUACAGUCCCCACUUCCUAGCAAACUGCAAUGUGGAUCCUCUACCCUGGAACCAAAAAGAAGGUGACCUGACACCGGAUGAGGUGGUUAAUCUCGUUAAUCAGGGGCUGCGGGAAGGAGAGCAGGCCUUCAACAUUAAAGCCAGGUCCAUUCUCUGCUGCAUGCGUCACAUGCCAAAGUGGUCAUCGGAGGUGGUAGAACUGUGUAAGAAGUAUCGCAAUGAGGGAGUGGUGGCAAUUGACCUGGCAGGUGACGAGUCUUUGAACUGUGAAGCCUUCCCAGGGCACAGACGGGCAUAUGAGGAAGCUGUCAAGAGUGGAAUCCACAGGACUGUCCAUGCGGGAGAGGUGGGACCACCAUCUGUCGUUCGAGAGGCUGUAGAGGUUUUGAAAGCUGAAAGAAUUGGACACGGCUACCACACAGUGGAAGACCAGGAGCUGUACAGCCAACUACUAAAGCAAAACAUGCAUUUUGAGACCUGUCCAAUUUCUAGCUACCUGACUGGAGCAUGUGAUCCAGAUUAUACAAAGCACCCCAUAAUCAGGUUUAGAGAAGACAAGGCCAAUUACUCUAUAAAUACAGACGACCCAUUGAUAUUUAAAUCAAUGCUGGAAGAUGAUUAUAAAACUGUGAAGAAAUACAUGGGUUUCACAGAGGAGGAAUUUAUGAGAGUGAAUUUGAAUUCUGCUAAAUCCAGCUUCCUACCAGAGAAGGAAAAGAAGGACCUCCUGAACAGAUUGUAUGAAGCCUACGGAAUGGUUAAAACCACAGAGUUUUAAAGAACAGGAUCCACUCCUACACUCCGGAAAUUUAGUCUGGCUGAUGACAAAACAAAAGGCCUUUGGUUCCAGGCAACCAGACAGACUGGCAUGCCCUGCAGUCAAGCUCAACCAGAAGCAAAUCUCCUCUUAAGGUGUUAGCUGAAAAUUAAAAGAGCAUUUUAAAUGAUACCACAAUAACAACUAUACUGCAGUUGAAUGGGAAACAGAAAUUUAAUAUUAAUUUCACUGCUUAAAAAUAAUAGCAGCUGCCUUAUACUAACUCAACACCCUGUAGCACAGAGCUGCUUUUUUGUUUAGUUUUAUACAAAAUAUACAUUUGUUUUCAUAACCUAAUUGCUACUACUAUCGUUUUUAAACAACAAAAAAGGGUGCGCAGGGGUUAUAUAUAAAUAUACACUAUGUAGUCGGAUGUUGUGACAGCACAACAGGGGGUGCUAUUGAGCUGCUAUGAUAACAAUGGGUUGAAUUUAAUAAAAUACAAUCAUUUUUUUAUA